AUGAGCAUUGAUAUGACAGAAGCAGAAAAGCUCUUGGAAGAAUUAAUCAGGAUUGAAGAAGACACAAAUGAAAGGGCUGAUGAAGAAAAAAAAGCAAAGCAGAUUGAUGGGGAUGAAGAUAAGGCAAAAGCACUAGAGAUGAGAAAGAGGGCAAUGGAGACCAUGGGAGAAACAAGAGAAAGAUUAGGAAAAGUUGGUGUUGAAAAGAGAAGAAGAUCAGGAAACCAGGCAAUGUUAUUUUUGGAGAAGGCAAUUGAGACAAAGCAGAAGAUGCAGGAAGAGGAAAAGAGGGAAAGAAGGGAAGAGCAUCAAGAACAGAUUGAGCUACAAACUGCCUUUUUGAGGCAAUUAGAAGCUAGCAAGCAACAGCAAACUGCCCAGUGCAAAAUGACUGAGCAGCAUCUGCUGCAAAGCAUUGCAAUGCAGCAACAACAGCAGCAGCAGCAACAAAUGCAACAGUUUGCAGCAAUGCAAACAAAUAUGAUGGCUCUAAUGGAACAGCAGCAUCAGCAAUCAGAGAUGAUUCUGGAACUUUUUAAAAAAGGCCAACAAUAA